GGCCCUUAGCAACCGACUUGGCGACGGUCUCUGUGGCUGCUGCGGGCCCCCGCAGGCUAGUCUUUCCAAAUCUCUACUGCGGGGGCCAGGCCGGGUUAAGAACCGAGGGGACGCGGAGCGUCCCCCGCGAAGGCUGCAGGAGUACUAAGCAUGGAUGGCAGCCGGAGAGUCAGAGCAACCUCUGUCCUCCCCAGAUACAGUCCACCAUGCCUAUUUACAGGACACUUGAGCACCAAGAGCAAUGCUUUUUGCACUGACUCCUCUUCUCUCAGACUAACCACUCUCCAGCUGGUCAAGAAUCACAUGGCUGUUCACUAUAAUAAAAUCCUUUCAGCCAAAGCUGCAGUGGACUGCUCAAUUCCAUUAAGUGUGAAUGCCAGCAUCAAAUAUGCAGAUCAACAACGAAGAGAGAAACUGAAGAAAGAAUUAGCACGAUGUGAAAAGGAGCUUAAAUUAAGUAAACCCACAAUGCAGAUCAGUUCUAAGAUGAAUUCCAAGUUCCUUUUUAACUCUCUACAGAAGCCCUCAGGGGAACCACAAUGUCAGGGUGUGUUAAUAGAAGAAGUGACAAGGUAUCCAUCAUUUUCGAAGACAUUGGUCCCUUCUUCAGAUGAACUGCAUCUACGUCAUCCUGAACUGAAUAAAUUCCUCAUGAAUGGCACCCAGAGGCAUCCCAGCACCUCCCCCCUCAGCCUGGCUUACACAGGAUCUGCACCCAGGAGCCCGUGCUGCAGCCACUGCUGCGACAGGAGGCCUAGGAGUGCCUUCCCAGGUGCGCACCGCUUCCAGCUAGUCAUCUCCAAGUCCCCCAGUGGAGACCUUUUGGAAAAGCACUCUGACUUCUUCUCUGACAAGCAGUUGCCGUUCACCCCACGCACUUUAAAAACAGAAGCGAAGUCCUUCCUGUCACAGUACCGCUACUACACACCUGCCAGAAGAAGGAAGGCUUUUCCAGAUGGGCGGGCGGAAGCUGAAACCCAGACUGAACUAAGCAGCUUUAAUUCUGAGUUUGGGACAGCCGAGACAAAGAACUCAGAGGACUCAGAAGUGAACAUAAAGCAGGCAGUUAGUUCCAUGGCAAAUGGUGCUGAGGACAAAAACCCUCCUUUACCUUCACAAGGACAAAACUUAGGAUGGGACAGGUUUAAAGAUGGCACUCUGCAGCAUUCCUCCCAAAAGACGCUCUGUGAGCUCUCUACACAGCUCUCUUCAGACAGCAAGAUCUACCCUGAUGAAGAGGAACUGCUCUACCUGGACUUCAUGGAAAAUGUGACAGAUGAAAUUUUGAAACUUGGUUUAUUUUCCAACAGGUUUUUAGAACGACUGUUUGAACGACAUAUAAAACAAAAUAAACAUCAUUUGGAGGAGGGGAAAAUGCGCUACCUGCUACAUGGCUUGAAGGUUGACUUAGGCUGCAUUUCUGAGGAAGAGCCAACAAAGCAGAGCAAUUUCAGAAUGUUGAAUCAACUUGAUUUUCAAAAGGCUCUGAUUUCAAAACCAAAUGAAGGUACAAGUAAUGAUGAUACGGUAAUUGAGCAAGAACGUCAGCAAUUCCAGGAGGCUCUGGACAUGCUAUCGUCUAUGCCGCAGGAUGAAAACAAGAUGUUCUCUUUACCGGGUGAAUUCCUAAUACCUGUCCAUAAAUUCGAGGAUUCCGAAAGUGUUGUAGUUCAACAGGUCAACAGUGAGACAGAUCUUAAGGCCUCAGCCUUGCAUGAAAACAAUCCAAAUAUUUCUGACAGGUUAAUAGACCAGGAAACCUCUGUGGAUGUCAUUGAAGGUGACAGUGACCCUGAAAGUGUUGAGACUUCCAGGGAAUUGUGUUGUCUUAGCACAGCACUGUCCCCAUCUGUUCAGUUCCCCAGCAUCAAAGACGGCAGUAAUCAUGACAAGCAAUUACCGACUCCAAAAAUCAUGGAAAUGGGCACUGAAGACUAACCUUUGGAUCUUCAUUAAUAAAUACUCCAUGUGGCCAGUAACUCAAUAUUACUUUUCUUGUUUUCCUUUUUUACAUAUUAAGAUUUCUGUAUUUUCAAUGCUGUAUAAUAAAUUACCAUAAAUUUAGCAUCUUGAAACACCACAUAUUUAUUAUUAAUCCUAUUGUCUGUGGUUCAAGAAUUGAAACACAGGAGUGAUGUGUGCUCUACUCCAGGGCCCAAAAGCCACAAUCUAGGGCUGUGAUCUCAUUGGGAGGCUUGGCCGAGGGAUUCUGCUUCCAUGCUCAGUUGGCAGAAUUCUUUUCCUUGCACCAUAGAUCUGAGGCUUCAUUUGGUUUGGCUGGCUGGUGGGCAGAUGAACAUAUAGAAUGCAUUAAAGGUACUUGUGUGGGAGUUCUUAGGGGUGACACCAUUAGGAAGUUUGCCUUUAUUGGAGUAGGUAUGGCCUUGUUGGAGGAGCUAAGUAUCUGUAGGGGCGGGCUUUGGGGUCUCGUUGGCUCAAGAUACCCAGUGUUCCAGACCACCCCACUUCAUAUCACCUUCCCACAUCCAUGAGGUAUUAAUAUGAGAUUUUGGGAAUAAUCACUAAAGGCUGUAGUUGAAUAGUAAUGUGUUUGUGUGUCCCAUUGACAAGAGAUCAAUUGCUCUGGCCAGUUUUGUCAGCUUGACACAAACUAGUCAUUUGGGAAGAACGAACCUCAAGAGAAAAUGCCACCACAAGAUUGUGGGGCUAAUAAUUGACGUUAGUGGGACUUUCCCACUGUGGGCCGUGCCACAACUGGGCAAAGUAGCCCUGAGUUGUAUAAGAAGCAGGCUGACCAAGCCAUGAGGAACAAGCUAGUAAGCAUGCCUCCAUGGCCUCUGCUUCACUGAAUUCUGAUUCGUUCCCUGACUUCACUCAGUGAUGGAGUUGUAAACUGAAAUGUCCCUCACACACACACACAUACACACACAAAUUCUAAGUACCAUUACUGUACCUUUGGAAAUAUCUUGCUGCUCUAGUCAUUGUGGUUUAUAGGUGUCACUUCUGGGUAGGACUAUUGAUUGCUCUUCUUCCUUGGCAACUUUGCAUAGCACCGUCUGGUACUCUGAAAGCUAGUCCAGGAAGAAGCUUCUAGCUCAACCACAGUUCAGUUCCUCCAAGUCCUGAAUCUAAAGCUUGUGGUGUCAUCAGCAAUAGGGACUUAUACUCAAACUCUGGGAGAGGAGCAAGGGCAAGGGCAAUGGCAAUAGCCUAUUUUGUUUGGGGGAUGACCUGAACUCCCCUAACCAACUCAAAGGGAUGUUUCUGAAAGUUUAACUCUUAAAUUACAUAAUAGUUUAAGCAUGGUGGUUUGAAUGAAAAUGGCCCCAUGGACUAAUGUUUAAUACUUGGUUCCCAGUUGGUGACUGUUUUGGAAUGAUUAGAAGGUGGCCUUGUUGAUGGUAAAGUCAUUGGGGGCAGGCGAGCUUGAGGGUUUCAAUAGGCUCAGUGCCAUUCUGUGUGCCCCUCUUUCUCUGCCUACUUGUAGAUCAAGAUGUGAGCCCUCAGUUGUCCUUGCUAUCAUGUCUUUGCUCCACCAUCACUGGCUGUUUUUGUUACUUUUUGUUAACCAAGAUGAAAUACUGUGACCAAGCAACUGUUUUGGGAAAGGAUGAGGAGGUAUGUGUGGUCUUGUUGGAAGGACAGGCUUUGAGAUUUUGGAAAGAGUGCUAUUCCCCCCGUUCUCUCUCUCCCCCUCCUGUAUGUGAUGAAGAUGUGAGUUCUCAGCCACUGCUCCAGCACCAGUGCCUACCUGCUGCUGCUGUGCUCCCUGUAUGAUAGUCUAGCCCUUUGAAAC